AUGGCGAUCGUCGAGGCAGAGAUUGUCGAAGGAGGAAGAUGGAAGUUUGCUGCAAAUUAUGAUAUAAUAAUUGAUGGGUGCUUACCUCGUGAGCUAACACUUGAAAUCUUGCUUCGAUUACCUGUAAAAUCAUUGGUAAAUUUCAAAUUAGUGUGCAAAUCAUGGAAUUACCUAAUCUCCAGUCCCGAUUUCAUAAAAUCUCGUACACGCAGUUCAAACAACCCGACCUUAACCUUGUUAUACGAUCGAUAUUGUAUGCAACUUUAUUCUCUAAACCCUACCGUAUCACGGGAAAACCUUUCUUUCCACAACAACGAACCAAAGUUUUAUGAACUUAUUGGAUCAUGUGAUGGGCUUAUUUGCAUGUAUUCGCCACUCGAAGAAUGUAUCUACAUCUUUAACCCUCUCACGAAAGAAACCAAGAAAAUUUCAACCCCGUACCAUAAACCAGCCCGUUGUUUUCUCGAAAUUGAAGGCGUUUCAUGGUUCGGGCUCAUUCCCUCGAUCAAUGAUUAUAAGAUUUGGUUAGUAGUUCGCAUACCAAAACUAAACCUAAGAAUCCAUGUAUACUCAAUGAGGGAUGAUAAUUGGAGAGAAUUAGAUACUAUUAGUGCUUUUAGAUUCAUCGAUGAUGCCAGGAUUUUAUUUUGGGGAAUGAAUGCGGUUGAAAAGAAUGAGACAUUACAUUGCUCGUUUGAAUAUGAUUACAACGAAUUUAUGGUUAAAUAUGAUUUAGUCCAAGACAUUAUCGAGCUCGAGCGGAUUAAUUUGAAUCAUAAUCAAGAUAUUAAGUAUAAAAAUAAACCAUCCAUUGGUAUUCUUAAAGACUCAAGUCUCUGCAUUUGUAAGGUUCAUGCCUUGAAAGGGGUGAUGGAUGUUUGGAAGUUAGAUCAAUAUAGCAACUCGGAUUCUUGGAACAAAUUGUUUCGCCUCGAUUUGGGGUUACUGCAGGCGCCCUGGGUUUUUCUUCUGGGAUUCAUAUCUAAUGGGAGAAUUUUGGUAAGAUCAUCCUCCGAUGAGCUUGUGCUUGUCGACCUGGAUCAAAAUCCACCUCUUCAAGUGCGACUAGGAACUUUAGUUAAUAAAAAUAAUAGCUUAUUUGAUUUGUUGGAUUAUUCGGAGAGUCUUGUUUCUCCGUUUUCAUUGCCUUAG